CUUCCUUCCAAAAGUGUAUUGUUUGGCUGAUUCAGGAGAGAUAAGCUUUCAUAGGGUGACUGGCGGCUCGAAGGACAGGGCACAUUUAAAAAGGCUGUUGUCACUUGAGGCCAGUCAUUGGAGGGUGAAUGACAAAGAUGACUCGUCUGAUGCUUCUCUUUAUGUGGGUUGGUGUCACAGGGAGCACAGUGCUGGAUCUGCAGAAGAGAAUCAUUGGCGGUCAACUGUGUCAACCAAAUGAUCGUCUGUAUCACGUGAAAUUAAUAGUAAGUGAUGGUAACAAUGGCUUCUUCUGUGGUGGCUCUCUGAUCACUGACCAGUGGAUUCUGACAGCAGCUCACUGCUGGGAGGCGGGAUGGACUAUGUAUGCAGUUUUAGGUGUGCAUCCAGGUCCAGGACAACAAGUGCAAAUCACAGCACCACCUGAGAUCUAUACAGAUAAAGACAGCAACAACAACCUCCGGUCCCAUGACAUCAUGCUACUGAGACUACCUAGGCCCACUCAGAUUCGACCUAUAGCUCUUCCCAACUGUCAACAUCGUCCUAAAUUGGGGGGGAAAGUUAAUAUUGCAGGUCACGCUGCCACUACUGGAGGCCCUAAUAAGGAAAGAACGCCUGGUGAAUCAACUACUCUCCAAUGUGUAGACAUUGACAUUGUCGACUGUCAGGGACUCAGAAACCAUUUGAAAAACACAAACCGCUUUUUCUACAGAAAAGUGGUGUAUCAACACUGGUUCUGUGGCCAGAGUCCUGGAGUGGAUGUGUGUUCUGGUGACUCUGGUGGAGGAGUGGUAUAUCAGAACAAAAUCUACGGUGUCAUGUCUUUCACUGGUGAUAUAGACAAUAUAUGUACUCAACCAGCUGCAUUUGUGGACAUCUGCAAUCAACAAUACAUGCAAUGGAUCAAAGAUACUGCUGAAAUAUCACAGAGAGGGUGUGGUCUAUUUUGUGGCUAA